GCCUGAUGCCUGCCUCCCAGAGCUGCAUGCUCGCCUUCUGCCACUUCUUUCUGAGACUGACCUGUUUGUCUUCCACAGGAGAUGGAAACCCCAGGGAGAACAGCCCAUUCAUCAAUAAUGUGGAGGUGGAAAGAGAGAGCUACUUCGAGGGGAAGAACAUGGCACUUUUUGAGGAAGAGAUGGACAGCAAUCCCAUGGUGUCAUCACUGCUGAACAAGCUGGCCAACUAUACCAACCUCAGCCAGGGUGUGGUGGAGCAUGAGGAAGAUGAGGACAGCCGGAGGCGGGAGAUCAAGGCCCCACGCAUGGGCACCUUCAUUGGAGUCUACCUGCCCUGCCUGCAGAACAUCUUGGGUGUCAUUCUUUUCCUGCGCCUGACCUGGAUUGUGGGGGCAGCUGGUGUUCUGGAGUCCUUCCUCAUCGUGUCCAUGUGCUGUACCUGUACAAUGCUGACUGCCAUCUCUAUGAGUGCCAUCGCUACCAACGGUGUGGUCCCAGCGGGAGGCUCAUACUACAUGAUCUCCCGUUCGCUGGGGCCUGAGUUUGGAGGGGCUGUUGGCCUUUGCUUCUACCUGGGCACAACGUUUGCAGGUGCCAUGUACAUCCUAGGUACCAUCGAGAUCUUCCUGACCUACAUCUCUCCAAGUGCAGCCAUCUUCCAGGCAGAGACAGCGGACGGCGAGGCAGCAGCACUGCUGAACAACAUGCGUGUGUACGGCAGCUGCGCACUGGCCCUCAUGGCAGUUGUAGUCUUUGUUGGUGUCAAAUAUGUCAACAAGCUGGCAUUGGUCUUCUUAGCCUGUGUUGUGCUUUCCAUCCUGGCCAUCUAUGCUGGUGUCAUCAAGACAGCCUUCGCCCCACCUGACAUCCCGGUCUGUCUGCUUGGGAACCGCACGCUGGCAAAGCGCAGCUUUGAGACCUGUGCCAAAAUGCAGGUUGUCAGCAAUGGGACAGUGACCACUGCACUCUGGCGCCUCUUCUGCAAUGGCUCCAGCUUGAGUGCCUCCUGUGAUGAGUACUUUAUACAGAACAAUGUCACUGAGAUCCAGGGCAUCCCUGGUGUGGCCAGUGGUGUCUUCCUGGAUAACCUGUGGAGCACAUAUUCUGACAAGGGGGCAUUUGUGGAAAAGAAGGGAGUGUCCUCAGUGCCUGUGUCGGAGGAGAGCCGGCCUAGCGGGUUGCCAUACGUCCUUACAGACAUCAUGACCUACUUCACCAUGCUGGUUGGCAUCUACUUCCCCUCCGUAACAGGGAUCAUGGCAGGAUCCAACCGCUCUGGGGACCUCAAAGACGCCCAAAAGUCCAUCCCAACAGGGACCAUUCUGGCCAUUGUGACCACGUCUUUCAUUUAUCUUUCCUGCAUAGUGCUAUUUGGGGCCUGCAUCGAAGGUGUGGUCUUGCGAGAUAAGUUUGGGGAGGCCCUGCAAGGGAACCUGGUCAUUGGCAUGCUGGCCUGGCCAUCCCCCUGGGUCAUCGUCAUUGGCUCCUUCUUCUCCACCUGUGGUGCUGGCCUGCAGAGCCUGACUGGGGCACCCCGCCUGCUGCAGGCCAUCGCCCGUGAUGGCAUCAUCCCCUUCCUACAG